UCGCCCCGAGUCCGACCGGAUCCCUCCAUUCGAUCGGCGAACUCCCCGAGAGGGUGCCGAGCAGCCAGAUCGGGUGGGAUACUCGCGACGUUGUCGAAGAUGCUCGAGCUGUGAGCGUGAUCGUUUUCUCCACAAGGCUCGUGCGCUUCACAGCGCGGUGGAGCGGCACCAAUGCCAGUCAGGAAGGGCCUCCUCGCGCCGCAGAAUACUUUCUUGGAUACCAUCGCCACACGUUUCGAUGGAACCCACAGCAACUUUGUACUGGGAAAUGCGCAGGUGCCGUCGAUCUAUCCGAUCGUCUACUGCUCUGAUGGCUUCUGCGAGCUGACGGGAUUCGCGCGGGCGCAAAUCAUGCAGAAGGGUUGCGCCUGCAAGUUUCUCUACGGGCCGGAAACGAAGGAGGAGGAAAAGGCCAUGAUCGACAAGAGCCUGGAGAGCAAGACCGAAUUGAAGAUGGAAGUUGUCUUCUACAAAAAGAACGGAAGCCCAUUCGAUUGCCUACUCGACAUUGUUCCGAUAAAAAACGAGAAGGGUGACGUCGUUCUGUUCCUGGCCUCGCACAAAGACAUCACGCAUACGAAGACUCUUCAGCUCUGUGAGUUGCACGAUAGUGACUCGAAUGGCAAUAUCGACCCUGAGGCACCGCCUUCCAAUUACGGUAGAAGAAGGAGUCGCGCCGUCCUUUAUCAACUGUCGGGCCAUUACAAGCAGGACAAUAAGCACAAAAUUAAGUUAAACAAUACGCUUCUGCAUUCCACUGCACCGCCUUUACCGGAAUACAAAACGUCAGCGAUCAAAAAGUCGCAAUUUAUUCUUAGCCAUUACGGCGGCUUCAAAUCCUGCUGGGACUGGUUGAUACUCAUCGCGACCUUUUAUGUGGCUAUAAUCGUUCCCUAUAAUGCGAGUUUCAUCAACACCGAUAGGCCUACCAUGGUCAGUGACGUUGUCGUCGAAGCGCUCUUCAUUAUCGAUAUCGUUUUGAACUUCAGGACAACGUACGUGAGCAGAAAAGGCGAAGUAGUCAGCAAUAGCAGGAGCAUCGCCGUGAACUAUGUGAAAAGUUGGUUCUUGGUCGACCUCGUGGCGGCAUUGCCGUUUGAUUUUCUCUAUGCCUCCGACGUUUAUAGCGGCGAGGAAUCUGCGCACAGCAACAUUCACCUAGUGAAGCUCACGCGACUGCUGAGACUCGCGCGACUCCUGCAGAAGAUGGACCGAUACUCGCAGUACAGCGCGGUCAUCUUGACGAUGCUCAUGCUGUUCUUCAUACUGGUGGCGCAUUGGUUGGCCUGCGUUUGGUACGUCAUCGCCGAAAAGGAGAGACUGCGAAACGACAAGGACUGGGAUCUGGGUUGGAUACACACCCUGGCCGAGCGGUUGAAGAUAUCCGUGCAGAACGUCACGCACACGGAGAGUUACAUCACGGCGCUCUAUUUCACUUGCAGCAGCCUCACCUCCGUAGGGUUCGGCAACGUUUCGGCGAACACGUUCUCGGAGAAGUUCUUCUCCAUCUGCACGAUGCUGAUCGGCGCCCUGAUGCACGCGGUGGUAUUCGGCAACGUCACUGCGAUCAUUCAGAGGAUGUACUCGAGGCGAUCGCUGUAUCAGACAAAGCUGCGCGAUCUCAAGGACUUCCUGGUGCUGCACCAGAUUCCGGAGGAGCUGAAGCAGCGGAUGCAGGAUUAUUUUCAGACCAUGUGGUCGCUGAAUCACGGUAUCGACGUGCACGAGACGCUGAAACAAUUUCCCGAGGAGCUGCGUGGCGACGUCUCCAUGCAUCUUCACCGCGAGAUCCUGAGCCUGCCGAUAUUCGAAGCGGCGUCCCAGGGUUGCCUGAAGCUGUUGUCGCUUCAUAUCAGAAACAACUUCUGCGCCCCGGGCGAGUUUCUCGUGCACAAAGGCGACGCGCUCUCCUAUAUAUAUUACCUGUGCAACGGCUCCAUGGAGGUCGUGCAGAACAGCAUGGUAGUCGCGAUUCUGGGGAAGGGCGACCUGGUGGGCUGCGACAUAAACGUGCACUUGCAGCAUGGCAACAACGGCGGUGGCACGUCGGGCUCCGGUUCCGUGGACGUUGUGGUGAAGUCCAGCUGCGACGUGAAGGCGCUAACGUACUGCGACCUCAAGUGCAUACACAUGCAGGGCCUGGUGGAGGUGCUGCGGCUCUAUCCAGAGUAUCAGCACGAAUUUGCGAGCGAUAUUCAGCACGAUCUUACGUACAACCUGCGCGAGGGAUAUGAGGCGGAGCAAGAAUCCGAUAUGAAUGGCCCGUCGUUGACACUUCCCUCCAUCAGCGAGGACGACGAGAACGCCGUCGAGGAGGGCGAGUCCUCGCCCUUAUCUCCGCCGAACAAAUCACCACUUCACACAUCCUCCAGCCCGCGACAUGCCAAGUUCAGGGAGGAUUACAGAGAAGGCCGACGCACCGCGAGAGGAGUACUGGUGCGAGGCAGCAGGGCGGCGCAGGUGAUUGCCCAGGAAUCCAUGGAGGAGCACAUCCGGGGUUCGGUCGAAAGGCUGGAUAAUCAAUUCUCCACGUUGCAUCAGGACGUCGCGACGCUCAGCUGCGAGGUGCGCAACGCCAUCCAAGCGUUGCAGAUGCUCGCCUGCUCGCCCCAGAGCAACCCGAAUCUACCGACCCCGGCGAACCGCGGCAGCGGGGUUCUGGCCAGGAGCUCGUCCCAUCCGCCGGACGCAAUUUGCUGGAACCCGCCGGCGAGAUUGAUCGACGCAUCGACGCAGACUGACUGGCCGGUGGACCUGUUUGAGGCGUGGGUGCGCGCGAAUCCUCACAGGGUCCUCAAAGUCCUCAACCUCGAUCCGGAUCAGCUCCUGAGGCUACACCCGUCGUCGCCUACGCCGUCGCCGUCUUCGCCUCCGCCGCCUCCGUACGAACCCUUGUCGCCACUGGUGGCCACGCCGCAACAAUCGCCGUCGCGAUCUCUAACGACAGGAAACGACCACUACAAUUCGGAGUUACGUGAUGUUCCGCACAUUCCCCGCUUAUGCAGGCCGCCGAACUCAGCCUGGGGCCCCGACAACAAGCAGUCGCACCGCUUCAGCGCAGGCGACGCCGAAAACGUGUCCUUGUACCAGGCGCUGCGACGUCUUCCGGAGUCACGCUCAUUAAAGUUCGAUCCUUACGACAGCUGAGCUGCCGUUAGCUACGAGUUCGCGACAUUCGCCGGUAGACGGUCGAGACAAACGGACGACGAGGGGGACAUCGCCGUGUCGAGGACGGAACGACGAGCUCACGAUUGACUCCAUCAGAUUUCAUUCUUAUUGGUAAAACGACCUCGCGCAUGUGUACUAAUUUGGUCGGUGCUCCUCGAUGUGAAAAUGACAGCGCUCCUCGUUCAUAGAGUGCAAGGAGGGAAAAGAGAGGAAAAUUCUUCGUCUCUCGAUUUUUCCACUGAGAUUUUAUUUGACUUUACGCUUUCGUUGCUCCUAGAGAAUCUAUCUGAAUAACGCCGCGACGUCGCAUCAUUUCGCAGUCGUGGUCGCACGAAAUUACGUGCUAGGUUGCUGCAAAAGGUUUUACGUUUAUAAAGUUUAUUUCUUGUAAAUGAACUUCAUGUCGUAUAAAUGAAUUUUCAAGUAUGUUUCUCUCAGCGUGUUCUUUCAGACGUCUAACGAGGAGUUCCUAUUUUCCCUCAAAAAAGAAAAUUUUCCACGAGAAUUUAAUGGGAAAACAAAUUUAAUAAAAGAAACAUCAAAAGUUUUACACCAACCUAAUGAUAGCAGGACGGAACGAAAUUAUCCUCAACCAAGUAAAGAGCUCGGCGCAUUUAGUCGUGAAGAAUCGACGAUACUCCGCAAUAAAGAGACUUGAACUUGACUGACGAGGACGCAUUCGUAGGUCGGAGGACCCUCGUGGUUUCGAGCCACGACCGGUAUGUCUCACAUGCAAAUGCGAGCCGUAACAAUCGUUCGUUUACGCAACAGUGUAUGCAGAUUGACGUUUACGUUUCCUUUCCUCGGUAAUGUUAAUCCGUGAUCUCGUUGCGCCGCUUAACUCUCGAACGUUGGAACUCGCACCGCGAAAUUAUACGCGCGCUCCGCGAACUCACGACCAGCUCGAUCGUAAAACGAGGCGAAUUAAUGAUAAUAUUCGCAAACGGAGAACGUAAUAUGCAUAUCAAAACGCACGUGGCUCUCGCGCUUAAGCGGAAGCAGAAAUACUGGAAUUGAAAACUGAAUCAAUCGGAAAGAAUAAAAACAUCUUCUUUCCGAUAAAAACAUCUUCUUUCCUUUUCCUAUGUGCGCGAUGUGAAAAUGUCAGAGCUCUCCGUGGACAUAUUAGCGUCUCGUUUAUUGCAGAACACGUAACUCAUAAUAAUAUUUCCCAUCGUUCACUCGUCGCGUCAAAUAAUAAGUGAAUAUUAUAUGAAAUAUUAUAUCAAAGAGCUUGCGAAAGCGCGCCGGAUCGUUGACUUAAAGAAUGAAUAAUUUUACAAACAUGGAUUUAUGUCGAAUCACCUGAAAGGUGGCGGCAGAAGAUAGGUAAGGAUGGCGGAUAAUUUAAUUGGACAUGGCAUUUUGUUAACAGAAAUUAACAAAUCGAAAUUUAAAAAAUGAAUGGGGAGAUACAGCUAAAAAUCCGGUGAAAUUUUGUAUGUCUCCAAUAUCAAUAUCUCGUCUAUUACAACGUGGUGAAUCUCGUGGUGAAUUCCCUUCAGCGUUCACCUCGCGCUUGAUAAACAACAAAUAAAAUAUUUCCACGAGAAUUUCAACGUCGCAUUGAUAUAUCUCUCAGUAACGCGAAAUACCAUCGAGAAGCUUCGAGAGUUAAGGGAUACUUCGAAUUGUCCUAGGCAUUCCUCACUGCCAAACAGGAUAAAACCUGACUUUAUACAUCCCCUCCGAGUUGUUCUUUCAUUCCCAACGACGAGCUAUCUCACCGAGUGAGUAGCCAGCAAAACACCAACUACCAGUAACGUAACGUCUAUAAUUUCCCAUUCCACAAUAUAAGUGCAAUAAAAACACGUGCGUUAUGUAACAGUUGCAUUGUUGAGAAGGAAAUUAUAACAUUGACGCAAUGUUGCUGUUAGUUGGCGUUUAUUGGAUUUUACUUGUUUACAAAAAGGAAAGAAGAAAAGGGAAAUGAAUUCUCUCGCUUACGUCAUUCCACGCGCGUUAUCCUUUCAACUGAUCCACACAAGACGAUUGCACGCGAUCGUGCGUUAGGAAAAUUAUUAGUUGCGCUUCAAAACGAGAAAUAAAAGAGGGAACUGCCCGAGUAUCGAGACUUUACAAUUCGCUUCUGCAAACGCCGUCUAUACUACAUAACGAUAAUUGUAUUCUAGCGUUUUCUACUUAAGCGUCGAACGACACGCCCGUUUCCUUUCUCGAUAGAUAGUCGAGCGCGAACGCGCGCUCAGUGCUUGAUGAAAAAAGAAAAGAACAAAAAAAACAGAAAAUACAUAAAAUAAAGGGAAUAAAAUUGGUCUUCGCCGAUAAUGAGGCGUAUUAAUCGUUAAGUUGCAUGUCUCCAUGCCGCUUUAGGAGAGAGAGGCGAUUCCACGUGUGUAUUAUUCGCGCGAAUCGAGUCGUUAAUCCGAGAUAUCGCGGGAGGAUAUUCUAGGGGUAGCAAUAAUGUGCACGACACAUUCUCGAUGUACACCGUCUACGUCCAAUCUAGAGUGUAGAGUUAGUUUUUAAGUAGAUACAAGACGAGAGACAUUGAGGAAGUAACUUAGCAAAACGGCACGUCGUCGCGCGGCAUGAGACGACGAUAAUUCUGAGGAGGUGAAUGAGGAGGAGGUAGAGGAAAAGAAGAAUGGGAAGGAGGAGGAGAGGAGGUUGAUAUGAUUCUUGGCACGCCGAGGGUGGGUGUGUGUGUGCAUGUGCGUGUAUAUGGGUGGGCGGGUGUGGAUGUGUGUGUGCGUUUUCGGCGGAAAAUAAAGAUUCAAGUCUACAUUCGUCGGAUAUCUGUGUCCACUAAAAGCUGCGUGUCGCGAGGAUCUUGUCUGUCUGACGGCAUUAUUACACGUAGGCUACUUCUCGUACUAGGCUAGAUCAAUCGUACGUGUAUAUACGUGAGGAGGGACAGGGGGACGGGUUGAGGUGUGCGACGUGUUGAAAGGACGAUGAUAUGUGAUAAGGCACGGCUUUGGCCAUGCACAACUGCGUUCGUUUGACUCCUGUCGGUAUUUGCGAAGAACACGACGCAUGUCACUUUGCAAUACGGAGCCAAUGCGCUCCAUUUCUUCUUCUUUUCAUCUUUCUAGGUCUUGGCACCUAUUGCCAACUUGUACAUGAAGAAAUUCGAUAGUAAGGUAAAGAUAUCAACGCCUGGACAUUAAUAACACUGGUGCUUAAUUCUGAACAUUCUUAUCGUUCUGGUCUUUAAACACGAAUAUUUAAAUUUCCAAGGUAGAAUUAUUAUGCAGGAUUAUGUAUUAGUGUUAUCAGUGUCCAGGCAUUGGUACUUUUACAGACCUCGAUAUGCAUAUCGAUAUGUGUAUCUUUAUCGACGAUUCCUUGCGAAUACACAAUCAGAAUUGCCAGUCAUAAUCUAAUGAUCUAAUUAAUCUAGAGACUGACCAAAUUUGUCGAAUCGUUAAUUAGCUCGGAGGAUGAGCCAUUUUACAGGCAUAGGAUCGGAUAAUUAUCUGAAAAUUAAUGGAAAAUAUGAUUAAUGAGGGAAGAUACUUUGCAAUUUUUCAUUAUUGAUGAAAGAAAUAUGGCCGGGCAUCCAAGUGUGGCAAACUUCUAAUAAUAUCGAUAUCCAUUUAAUCGUAAUCCUUGCUCAUUCCCCGAUCGACAUCAUUUCGCGCAGGAAAUUGAUAAUCGAUUAGAGUCCUCCGCGCGCGGAGGUGGUGAAACUUUUUGUUGGACGUGUGAUCGCGAGGCGAAGAGGUUCUCUCGCAACUACCGACGGGGGCAGCUGUUUUAUAAAUAUUUCAUAUAUUUUGUUAUACUGUUUCUAUGCUCCUCGCGCAAUUAUAAUUCAAACUAAGUGUAUUAUAAAACGUUGUAUCUAAAACACUCCUCUCUCACGACUUCUAUAUAACUUUUUACACACUUCUACACGCCGGGCCGCGGUGAGAGCGAGUAGCGCGACACUCUCCCGGAUAUUCUAUAUAUACGUAAAUAUACAUAUACAUAUAUAUGCCGUAAUAAGAUCGAGAGAGUAAGCACAAAUAUAAAAUAAAACGAUAUAUUCUUCCUAAUGUAUUAUUAUCCGCUCUUGCGCGAGAAGUCGCCAGGACCUCGCCUUGAGAGAACACUCCGUGCGAGAUCGCGCACGCCGAUUGACAUCGUGACGACGACAACGACGACGAUAAGGACGAGGACGACGCUGUGCUUCGCGUUAAUCCCUUACCGCGUAGAUAAUUCUCCGUCGUGUGUGAGCUCGCGCUCUGACGCGGGUCGCGUUUAAAAGUACAAGAAUAGAUUAAAACGGAUUACUCUCGCUAUUCUACCUCUUUAGCGAAAAAGAAAGGAGAGAACGUGUAGAAUCUAACGUUUCUAUCGGCAAUAAAUAAUACGGCGUGUCUCGUCAACAGACAGUUCUGCAUCGCGAAACGACGUAUUUAGUUAUUUUCCAGAAUUAAUUCUAGGGGGAGGGGGGCGGGCGGGC